UAGAUGCACACGCGCGGACGCUCGCGCUGCCUCUCUCUCUCUCUCUAUCGUAAUCUCACGGAGGAGGUGAAAGCGCGAGACUCGCACAUGCACAGACGGAGUCAGAGAGAGUGGUGAUGAUGAUGAUGAUGAAGAAGAAGAUGCUCAGGCUCUCACUAUAAUCUCGUGCACUGUUUUGGAACAAAGUGCAGCUGGAUGCGCGCGGAGCCCUGCAGCAGCAAUGAGGACAGCAGCGCGCCAUGGAGCAGCCGUGUUUCUGGCCAUCACCAUGUGCACCAGCUUGUUCUUCAUAUACAACGUCAACAACAAUAACAGCACCAGCAGUGACGGCAGGACGCGGAGUUCUCCCGCUGCGUCUACUCGGAAUCCGCACAAAGCGGCUCCCCCACCUCUGCAUGGCUACAUCAGCAUCAUCGACCACAGCCCGCUGAAGAUGCACUGCGGAAGCUGCUCCCUGGUCACGAGCUCAGGACACCUGACAGGCAGCGGGCGCGGAGAGGAGAUCGACAGUGCCGAGUGCGUGAUCCGCAUGAACGACGCCCCCAGCAGUCGCGCUUUCUGUCCCGACGUGGGCCGACGCACCACCCUAAGGGUGAUCGCGCAUUCUAGCAUGCAGCGCGUCUUACGGAGCCGCCACGAACUGCUCAACUCCAGCCACGACACCGUGUUCAUCUUCUGGGGCCCGAGCAACUACAUGCGGCGGGACGGGAAGGGCCUGAUCUACAACAACCUGCGCCAGGUCCUGCCCAAGCUAAAGGUCUACAUCAUCUCCUGGCAGAAGAUGCUACAGUUUGAUGACCUCUUUAAGAAAGAGACAGGCAAGGACAGGAAGACAUCUAACUCCUGGUUAAGUACAGGAUGGUUCACGAUGACGAUAGCCCUAGAGCUGUGCGACCGAAUCAAUGUUUACGGCAUGGUGCCUCCGGAUUUCUGCAAGGAACCUCAGCACCCGUCAGUGCCGUACCACUAUUACGAGCCGCGGGGGCCAGACGAAUGUGCCAUGUACAUCUCCCAUGAGCGCGGACGCCGAGGCAGCCACCAUCGCUUCAUCACAGAGAAGCGCGUUUUCGCUAACUGGGCACGGACGUUUGACAUCCAUUUCUUCCAGCCCGACUGGAGGCCGGCACCCUUACCCAAAAACAGCACGGGGACACUGGUCUUUCCUCAGUCACGGAGGACGUGACUCUAAACUUUUGCGUAUUCACGAAGGAACUAUUGUGUCUACAGGCUAAUACACACACUUGCUUAUUUCCCUGCAGCCUGAAUGAGUAGAGACUUCAACAAGCAUUCUGUCUGUGUUUGUGCUAUGGAUGCAUGGACGUUUCUAAAGUAGAGACAGAUGGAAUAGCUGUGACCGAUGGAGUUCCACAGGGCUCUGUGUCGGGACCGCUUUAUUUAAGACAAACGCUUACUAUAAAAGCAUGUGUAGAAGAGUUAGUGAAUCCUGAGGUGAAUCGUGUCAACAUAUUAGUAUUAAAGAGACUGUAUGAAGACUUCAUGAUACUGGAAUUAUUCACAAACAUCCACAGUUACCCAAAAGGAGGCAUGAAUAGAUCAUUUUUCUGUACAUUUUCCAAGAUGAAAUUGUAGCUAAUAGUACAAAUAUAAAAAAAAAAAAAAAGGUUGCAGGUUUCAGCUUAUAGUGCAAAAACAUUUAAAGAAAUCUAUUAGUAAUAGAAUAAUAUUUAAAUUUAACUAGUUUGGUAUUAAUGUUUUUAUGUUUGUUCCAUUUUUAUUCAUUAUAGUUUUCUGUUACAGACAAAAGCCACUGUUUCUUUUUGUGAGUGUGGAAAAUUUCUCAGGAUCUGUUGUGUUGUUUUUGAAAAGAGAUUGUAUUGUACUAUAUAUAGUAGAAGAUGCACUAUCAUACACACAAGGUACAAGAAUAAAUGUAAUUUAUUUAUCAUUUUAAUUAAACAGUACAAAGUAUUUUAGGGCACUAGUUACCUUAUUAUGGCUUUGUUGUUUGAUGGUUUGUUCUUGCUGGUUUUUGGGAAAUAAAACAUAAACUUGAAUCUUCCACAAGCUGCUCUAAAACGAAGGAGAAGACGUCGGUAUCUACUUCACAGCACUGGCACGGUGGUGUAUGCAAUCUGAACUAUAAUUCACAAUAAGCUGUGUGGCCUGGUUGGUGCAAAAGUCUUAGGCACACUGUUGUUUUUUUUUUGUAUAAAAUUUGUUAUAGAUUUUAUAAUAUUAUCUAGUCAGACCAAAAACCAUAUCAAACUAUUAAACAUAAAAACGACCGUUUUUUUU